GAGGGCGGCCGGGCCAUGUGGGCGGGCCGGGGCGCGGGGCCGCCGGGGCCCGUGGGGGUCGCCGCCGCCGUGCUGCUGCUGCUGCUGCUGUGCGGCGUGGGGCCGGCGUGCGGCUCCGAGGACAUCGUGGUGGGCUGCGGGGGCUUCGUCAAGUCGGACGUGGAGAUCAACUACUCGCUCAUCGAGAUAAAGUUGUACACCAAGCACGGGACUUUGAAAUACCAGACAGACUGUGCCCCUAACAACGGCUACUUCAUGAUUCCCUUGUAUGAUAAGGGGGAUUUCAUUCUGAAGAUUGAGCCUCCCCUAGGGUGGAGUUUUGAGCCGACCAACGUGGAGCUGUACGUGGAUGGCGUCAGCGACAUCUGUACCAAGGGCGGAGACAUCAACUUCGUGUUCACGGGCUUCUCCGUGAAUGGAAAGGUCCUCAGCAAAGGGCAGCCCCUGGGUCCUGCAGGAGUUCAGGUGUCUCUGAGAAACACUGGAACAGAAGCAAAGAUCCAGUCCACGGUCACGCAACCUGGAGGAAAGUUUGCAUUUUUUAAAGUUCUUCCUGGAGAUUAUGAAAUCCUUGCAACUCAUCCCACCUGGCCAUUGAAAGAGGCGAGCACCACGGUGCGCGUGACCAACUCCAACGCCAAUGCUGCAGGCCCGCUCAUUGUUGCCGGCUAUAACGUAUCUGGCUCUGUUCGGAGUGAUGGGGAACCCAUGAAAGGGGUGAAGUUUCUUCUCUUUUCUUCCUUCGUCACCAAAGAGGACGUCCUGGGCUGCAACGUCUCCCCAGUGCCUGGGUUCCAGCCCCAGGACGAGAGCCUGGUGUACUUGUGCCACACGGUCUCCAAGGAAGACGGCUCCUUCUCCUUCUACUCCUUGCCGAGUGGGGGCUACACUGUGGUCCCCUUCUAUAGAGGGGAGAGGAUCACCUUUGACGUCGCACCUUCCAGGCUGGACUUCACAGUGGAACACGACAGCCUGAAGAUUGAGCCCAUGUUCCACGUCAUGGGAUUCUCUGUCACCGGGAGGGUCCUAAAUGGACCCGAAGGGGAAGGUGUCCCAGACGCAGUGGUCACUCUGAACAACCAGAUCAAAGUCAGGACGAAGGCCGACGGCUCCUUCCGCCUGGAGAACAUCACGACGGGCACCUACACCAUCCACGCCCACAAGGAGCACCUCUACUUCCAGACUCUCACCAUCAAGAUCGCCCCCAACACGCCGCAGCUGGCCGACAUCGUCGCCACCAGGUUCAGUGUCUGUGGGCAGAUAUCAAUCAUCCGCUUCCCUGACGCCAGCAAGCAGAUGGGUAAAUACAAAGUGGUCCUGUCGUCUCAAGACAAGGACAAGUCUUUGGUCACCGUGGAGACGGAUGCUCAUGGAUCAUUUUGCUUCAAAGCAAAACCAGGGACCUACAAAGUUCAGGUGGUGGUUCCCGAGGCGGAGACCAGGGCAGGGCUGAUGUUGAAACCCCACACGUUUCCUCUCACGGUGACCGAUAGCCCUGUGAUGGAUGUGGCUUUUGUGCAGUUUCUGGCCUCCGUGUCUGGGAAGGUCUCUUGUCUGGAUACCUGUGGCGACCUGCUGGUGACCCUGCAGUCCCUGAGCCGCCAGGGUGAGAAGCGGAGCCUGCAGCUCUCCGGCAAGGUCAACUCCAUGACUUUCACGUUUGACAACGUGCUCCCUGGAAAAUAUAAAAUCAGCAUCGUGCACGAGGACUGGUGCUGGAGGAACAAGAGCCUGGAGGUGGAGGUCCUGGAGGAGGACGUGUCGGCUGUGGAGUUCAGGCAGACGGGCUACAUGCUGCGCUGCGCCCUGUCCCACGCCAUCACUCUGGAGUUCUAUCAGGAUGGAAAUGGACCUGAGAACGUGGGGAUUUACAACCUCUCCAAAGGAGUCAACCGCUUCUGCCUGUCCAAGCCUGGUGUGUACAAGGUGACGCCUCGCUCCUGCCACCGGUUCGAGCAAGCCUUCUACACCUACGACACGUCUUCACCCAGCAUCUUGACGUUGACAGCCAUUCGCCACCAUGUCCUUGGAACUAUCACCACUGACAAAAUGAUGGAUGUCACCGUGACUAUCAAGUCCUCCAUCGACAGCGAGCCGGCCCUGGUCUUGGGCCCUCUCAAGUCUGCGCAGGAGCUGCGGAGGGAGCAGCAGCUGGCGGAGAUCGAGACCCGCCGGCAGGAGCGGGAGAAGAACGGCAAGGCCGAGGGCGGCGAGGGCAGGGCCCGGCCUCCGGGGCAGGAGCUGGUGGACGAGUUGCAGGGCCCCUUCCACUACGACUUCUCCUACUGGGCCAGGUCUGGGGAGAAGAUCACUGUCACGCCCUCGUCCAAGGAGCUGCUCUUCUAUCCCCCUGCCAUGGAAGCCCUCGUCAGCGGAGAGAGCUGCCCGGGGAAGCUGAUCGAGAUCCACGGGAAGGCGGGCCUCUUCCUGGAGGGCCAGAUCCACCCCGAGCUGGAGGGAGUCGAGAUCGUCAUCAGUGAGAAGGGGGCGAGUUCGCCCCUCAUCACCGUCUUCACCGAUGACAAAGGAGCCUACAGCGUUGGCCCCCUGCACAGUGACCUGGAGUACACCGUGACCUCUCAGAAGGAAGGCUACGUGUUGACCGCGGUGGAAGGAACUAUAGGAGACUUCAAGGCCUACGCCCUGGCCGGAGUGAGCUUCGAGAUCAGGGCCGAGGAUGACCAGCCCCUCCCGGGGGUCCUCCUGUCACUCAGCGGGGGCGUGUUUCGUUCCAACCUCUUGACUCAGGACAACGGCGUCCUCACCUUCUCCAGCCUGAGCCCCGGCCAGUACUACUUCAAGCCCAUGAUGAAGGAGUUCCGCUUUGAGCCGUCCUCGCAGAUGAUCGAGGUCCAGGAAGGGCAGAACCUGAAGAUCACCAUCACCGGGUACCGCACGGCCUACAGUUGCUAUGGCACAGUGACAUCUCUGAAUGGAGAACCAGAGCAGGGGGUGGCCGUGGAAGCCGUGGGGCAGAAGGACUGCAGCAUGUACGGGGAGGACACCGUGACCGACGAGGAGGGGAAGUUCAGGCUGCGUGGCCUGCUGCCGGGGUGUGUGUUCCACGUGCAGCUCAAGGCCGAAGGCAACGACCACAUCGAGCGGGCGCUGCCCCACCAUCGGGUCAUCCAGGUUGGGAAUAACGACAUCGAUGAUGUGAACAUCAUAGUUUUCCGGCAGAUUAACCAGUUUGAUUUGAGUGGAAAUGUGAUCACUUCCUCGGAGUACCUUCCUACAUUAUGGGUGAAGCUUUAUAAGAGUGAAAACCUCGACAACCCGAUCCAGACGGUGUCCCUGGGCCAGUCCCUGUUCUUCCACUUCCCGCCCCUGCUCAGAGACGGCGAGAAUUACGUGGUGCUGCUGGACUCCACGCUGCCCAGGUCCCAGCACGACUACGUCCUGCCUCAGGUCUCCUUCUCCGCAGUGGGCUACCACAAGCACAUCACCCUGAUCUUCAGCCCCACCAGGAAGCUGCCUGAGCAGGACAUCGCACAGGGGUCCUACAUCGCCCUGCCGCUGGCGCUGCUGGUCCUGUUGGCCGGGUACCACCACGACAAGCUCAUCCCCUUGCUGUGGCAGCUGACCAGCCGGCUGCAGGGAGUCCGGGCGCUGGGCCAAGCAGCCUCAGACAACAGCGGCCCCGAGGACGUGAAGCGACAGGCCAAGAAGCAGAAGAUGAGGCGGACGUGAGGAGGAGGAGGAGGCCGCCGGCCGACACUGCCCACAGAGCCCAGCAUGCGCCUGCCACCUCCACCGCACCAUGGCCCGGGCCCGUCACUGUGGUCCCCUCCUCCCCUCGUGUGGCCUCUUGGCGCAGCGCAGUGAAGAGACCCUCCUGUCACUCUGCUGAGCCCAACGCGUUUUCUGAGCUGAAGAUAAUUUAUUGUUUUUAUUUUGUCAGAGGAGUAUUUAAGCAGGGCUGGGGGCUGGCAGCGGCUUCUUAGUCUUGCACGUCAUUCGCAGGAAGCGUCCCAGCAAGCAUGGCAUCUGGGCGCAGGGCGAAGGUGCCUUCUGGACUGUCCUAUGCCUGGACGCCCCUUUGCACUGAGACCCUGCUGAAGCCAUGGCCACCUGCGCCACCACCAGGAGCGUCCUUUAGGAGGUGAAAAUCAAUAAACCUGCCCGUUCAUCUGUGU